UUCCCUCUUAGUUAUGGACUCUCUGAGGUUUCUCUUUUCCUUCUUUCUAUAGUCAGAGUUCCUCUCUAGUUCUCCCUGUUUUUUGCUCCUAGGUAUUCCUAUCUCUCUUUCUUCUUCUUUCGUGUCCUUUCUCACUCUCUCGCUCUCUUUUGUUUCAGUAUAUUUGGUACAUACAUAAUUUUUUCUGCAAUGGAGGUGGAGAGUCUUUGUUCAGAGUUGGUUGUUUUGGAGAGGAUGGUCUCUUCUGUUUUGGAAGCUGUGGUAGUGGAGACGGCUUUAACUGCUGUGAAAUCUUUGGCCUGGCUUUUCUUGGCGGCAGGAUCUCUUUCAAUUGAUAUGUAUAUGAUUCCAAAUGUGCCCAGCACAGAUAAAAGGUUUCCAAUGGUGGAGCUUCACAGAGUGAAACAACCUGAUCCUGAUAACAAGGAUGCUAGUGACACUGAGGAUGAUGAUGACGAUGACGAUGAUGAUGAAGGUGUUGAUGAGGGCGAUGAUGGCGGUGAUGAAGUUUCAGGUGAGGAGGGUAAGGAUAAUGAAGAAGAGGACCCUGAAGAUGCUGUGGCCAAUGGUGAUGGAGGAAGUGAUGAUGAGGAUGAUGAGGAUGACGAAGGGGAAGAGAACGACGAAGAUGAUGAUGAUGAUGAUGAUGAAGAAGAUGAGGAGGAUGAUGAUGAAGAUGAUGAGGAGCUUCCCCAACCACCUUCUAAGAAGAGGAAGUGAGAUUAAGGAUAGGCUCUUCUGUUUUUGUCCUUAUGGGUAGGUCAUUGGUGUAGGAGGGGAGGUUCCGGUGUUGUCCAUCUUCAUAGGGUAGGAAAAUUUGCCAGCCUUGUUGUGAAUGAACUUGUUUUUGGCUAUUUCUUAUGUUACAAUAUCAUUAGUCUACAUAUUUGCCUCUUAAUUAUAUAGUUAUUAAGGGAUAUCUGUUUAUUUUA